AUGGAGCAACCAGACCCCGAUAUGCUCGCCCCGCCGGCGGUGACGUCGCUACGCGAUGCUGCUGGCAGUAUGCAGCGGUCAUUAAGUGAGGACAUCCGCGAAGAGCGGGACGAGCUGCGUGAGGCCGCCGAGCAGACCCUCAACGUCUUCAUGGACCUCAACCUCGACGGCACCAUCCGCUGGGUCAGUCCCUCGUGGGUAGACGUUCUCGGCACGCCCGUCGACGCCAUGCAAGGCACUGCCGUGGCCGACCUGGUCAUUGGCGACAACAAGGAUGUCUUUGCCGAUGUUGUCAAGUUUAUGAAGAAGGAUGACUCUCGCAGUCAGAUUGUUCGCUUUACCAUGCGCCUCGGCGCCCUCUCUAAGCUCCUCCCUGCCGAUCUCUCUCUCGGCCCAUCCGAAGACGACAACGCGACAGACAGUCCGGAUACACCGGCCGACACCAUCGACCUCGAGGCCCAGGGCAUUAUGGUGUACGACACUGCGUCAGGUGACGAGAGCCACACCAUGUGGAUGAUUAGGCCAUGGAUGGCGCCGCGCGAGAUCAAAAUCAACCUCCCUCCUCUUAUUGUCAACUCCCUGGGCUCCGGCGCCGAGAUACUCGCCAGCUACCUCACGCAGCUCGCCGAGCAUGGCCUUGACGACGAUAAGGACCACCCCCCGCCACAACCUGUCCUCUGCCGCAUCUGCGAGCGCCAGAUUCCACCAUGGUGGUUUGAGAAGCACACCGACCUCUGCCUUCAGGAGCACACUGCUGAAAUGGACGUCCAGAUGGCCCAGGAGAGCCUGACCGAGCACCGCCACGCCAUCGUGAAGGUGCUCGAUGCCCUUGAGGCGCGGAAAAGCCGUUCGUUGACUGGCGACUCGUCGCCACUGCUCAUGGCCGAAUACAAGGGCCUGUCCAUCGGCCCACCGCUCUCCUCCAACUCUUCCUCGUCUGCGACUUCCUCCCCUUCGCCCGCUCCGGGCCGCUCCCGAGAUCGUUCGUCUGGCUUCGGACACGCACGAGGUCGAUCGUUUGCGAUUCGGCGACCUCAGGCGCGGAUCGUCGAGCUAUUACUGGAUCUGUGCGACACGGCCAUCGAGAUCAGCACGCCGGCGAUUAAAGAGUCGUCCUCAUCCCAAGCCCCCGGCGAACUGCGCACACAGUCUCCCCAGUCCGAGUCGCGCAUCUCCCAGGUGACCCAGUGGCAGUCACCAAGCAACAACACACUGGAGCAAGAGCAGGGCCUCGCAUUGCUCUGUUCUGAUACGGAAAAGGUCGCAAAGGCUAAAGUCGAGACCGUUUUGCGCCACCGCCGUGUUAUCGAAUAUGCCGAGCGUAUUCGUGUCGAGUUUGCUGUCAUCGUUCAAGAUUGCAUCGACGGUGCCAUGCGUAAGGCCGCCAGGAUUGCUGCUGGUCGCCUUAGCGACUCAACCGAAGACGAGGAAGAGGAUGACGUGGACCAAGUCCCUCCUGUGGAUGGCGAGACUGAACCGCACACAUUUGAAGAGGGCUUCUUUGCGGGCUCCUUCGAUGCCCCAUCUACCUUGGCCAUGGCCCUCGAAAAGGCCCAAAUUAGCGACAACCCUGACGACCGCCGACUGUCCCAGGCAACCCACUCUCUAAAGUCUGGCAGCCCUUCCGAAUGCCCGACCCCCAAAUCGAACAGAGGCGCAAUUGGCAUUCCUAGCCACCGCGACUCGCGUCGUGGAUCGAUGCUAUUCGAACACGAUGCAGGUGACAGUGAUGGCAGCUUGCGGUCGUCGUCCCUCGCGUCUCGACCACCACCACGCACCGAGUCUCCCAUCUCGGAAUUCGGCGACCUUCGUCGCCAGGCUAGCUCGCGCCAGCAUCACCGACGAAGUCUCAUCAUGGCAGGUACCGAAUCACCACGCCGACAGGAAUCGCCAUCUCGAGCUGCUGGCCAAGCGCCGUCUUCACCCCUGCGCAUCUCAAAACCCAGAAGCAUACCAUUGCCCGUGGACGGCAUGGCUUCUCCGGAGGCGUCUCCUAUGUUGCCAACUAGCGAAUUUGGUUCACCCUACAUGAGUACCCAGCACUCUUUCCAGCAACAGGCACACCACCACCAGCUACAUCACCACCGCAGGCAAUCGUCUAUCUCCCUGUCGGCUGCUGGUGAUUUCUCUGUGCGACAAGCGCCAUCAUCGCCGCGACUCAGUGCCGCUAUCGGUGCUGCUCCCAUGGCCCGCGCUGUCCCGCCAUCGAUUAAAGAUUUUGAGGUCAUUAAGCCGAUCAGCAAAGGUGCUUUCGGUAGCGUCUACUUGUCCAAAAAGAAGUCGACUGGCGAGUACUUUGCCAUCAAGGUGCUGAAGAAGGCAGACAUGGUAGCCAAGAACCAAGUCACAAAUGUCAAGGCGGAGCGUGCAAUCAUGAUGUGGCAGGGCGAGAGCGAUUUCGUGGCCAAGCUCUACUGGACCUUCUCGAGCAAGGACUACCUUUACCUGGUCAUGGAGUACCUCAACGGCGGUGAUUGUGCAUCCCUCACAAAAGUUCUCGGUUGUCUGCCAGAGGAUUGGGUCAAAAAAUAUCUGGGUGAGGUCGUCCUUGGCGUCGAGCACCUCCACAACCGCGGCAUUGUCCAUCGCGAUCUGAAACCCGACAACCUCCUUAUCGACCAAAAGGGCCAUCUUAAGUUGACCGAUUUUGGGUUGUCCCGUAUGGGAUUGAUUGGGCGUCAAAAGCGUGCCCUGAACAGCACAGCAUUGGAGCCAGUACCCGACUUACUGAAGCAAGGUCCUUUUGCCCGUUCGGCCUCGAUUACGUCAUCCCGCUCGGCGUCGCUUGACCUCCACAACUUGGGCGCCCACUCACCAGGCGGUACUCCCCAGAUGACCCCAAGCGACUCAAUUGGUAGCUUUAGCCAGCCGUCGUACUUCAACCUGAGCAACAACCUACCCCACGAAGCGCGCCGUGUCUCAGGCCAACGGAGCGACAGUGGUGGCAGCGAUGCACUGACCAACAUGAUCAGCAACCUCUCGCUCACCGACGUGUCUUCCGCUAAUUUACCACCUGCCAUCCAUUCCCCACAAAACGAUGCCACUGCCACGGAGGGCAGCGGUUCCCCCGACCUCCCCUCCCUGCAAGCGACCAAUACACAAACCAGCAGUGGCCCAGAACAGGGCAAGGGCACCCCGCCUCAGUCGACUAUGCCUCCACCGAACUGGGCGCUCUUUGACCCCGAAGACACGAACCGCCGCUUCGUAGGCACGCCCGACUACCUAGCGCCAGAGACGAUCAAGGGCGAGCCCCAGGACGAGACAAGUGAUUGGUGGUCUGUCGGUUGCAUCAUGUUCGAGUUCCUUUAUGGUAUCCCGCCGUUCAAUGCUGGAGAGGCAGAGCAGGUUUUUGAGAACAUCCUGGCGCGUCGCAUCCACUGGCCAGACGAGAUGGACGACGACGUGUCACCGGAGGCCAAGGACCUCAUCAACAAGUUGCUCUGCAUGGACCCACAUGCCCGUCUGGGUGCCAACCGCGACGAGAAGUUUGCCUCGGGCGGCGAAGAGAUCCGAAGCCACCCUUGGUUCGAGGGUGUGAAGUGGGACACCUUGUUGCAGGACGAAGCCCAAUUCGUGCCGCAACUUGAAAACAUUGAAGACACCGAGUACUUUGAUGCACGCGGAGCAACCCUACAGUCGUUUACAGAGGAGAUCGAGGACCCGUCGUCAUCUACGAGCGCACCUAGCACCGACUACGUCGACCGGCCCCACGAUGCUUUGUCCCGCGUGCGGUCUCAGGCGAACUCGAUGAAGCGUGGUCUAAUGCCGCUACACAUUCCGCCACAUGUCCGUGAUCUCAAGAGCCGUCGUUUAAGCGAGCCGGUGGUGACGGACGACUUUGGAAGCUUUGCGUUCAAGAACCUACCAGUGCUUGAGAAGGCCAACAAGGAUGUCAUCCAGAAGCUCCGGGCGGAGGCUCUUGCUGCACAAAGCAAGCAGCCACCAGCGGGUGGGAGCUCAAGUGGCGCAGGCAGUAGCAGCACUUUGGCCUCUCCAAGCCCUGUGCUCGAAGGCAGCCCUGUCCUGCCAACUCCUGCAACCGCAACCAACCCGCAAAUCCAGCGAACACUGUCGAAUGCCAAGGGCACCCAACGACCGCAGUCGCCGUCUGGAUUGAGCCAAGCGAACUCUUCACCUAGCCGCGUUUCGCAGCCCUCGUCACCGCUCCUUGUCUCAUUCCACGCGGCACCCGACGGCCGGCGCAAGGUCUCCAAUGGCAUGAGUCUGCUCCCGCCAGCCAACACGUCCGCCGGCAUGCAGCACCUGCCCGGCAACCCGCUGAUUGAGAUCCCCCGUGUGCCGCCUAGCCUGCAAAAGGCCGCGACCACGGUCGGCGUGUCGUCUCCGGUCAAGGGGCGAGGUGCACCGCCGCCAUUGCCUCUGUCGCCGCAGAAGGCUCUCUCUACACCGCGCCAGUCCAGCAACCCAACUAGCCGCUCGCGAUCUUUGACUGUGGGCUCACAAGAAGGCAGUCCUGUCGCCACCGAAAUUCUUAGUCAUCGCAACCGCCGUAGCCAGGUGUUUGACAUGUCACCCUCCUCGUCGGACAACGAAGGCGAUAAGGCUAACGCGAUUUUGCUUCGCGUGCAACGCCGGCGGCAGAGCUCGAGACGCAUGUCUCAGAUUGCCAUUGACAGCGGCCCCGUGUUCCGCCCUCUGGACGUGCUGAUCUGCGAGGACCAUCCCGUGUCUCGCAUGGUGAUGGAGAAGCUGCUGGAGAAGCUUCGUUGCCGUACCAUCUCGGCGGCUAGCGGUCCUGAGGCUGUACGGUAUGCAAUGAGCGACAUCAAGUUCGACAUCAUCUUUAUGGAAUACAAGCUGCCGCAGAUCAGUGGCGCCGACGUGGCUCGUAUGAUUCGAGACACCACCAAUACCAACUCACAGACACCGAUUGUGGCGAUCACGGCCUAUCUGAAGGAGCUCCAGGCGCGACAGCACUUCGAUUCAUUAAUUGAAAAGCCCAUUAGCUCCUCAAAGUUGACCGAAGUACUGGCCAGCCUCUGCCACUGGAAGCCACCAGCACCAAACCAAGCAUCAUCACCUUCGUUGUCCCUAUCGCACCCUGCUCCGUCCGGCCUCCGUCAGGAGAACGGACGACUGGAGGACAGCCCAACGUCCGGAUCGUCCAUUUUCCCUCACCGACCAGGCAGCAGCUUCCGGGGCUCUAGCCGAGGUGACUCUAUCGGAUCGAGCCUGUUCGGUGACUCAGAGUCAAUGACGACGGACGACAUCCCCUCCAUUGCCAAUCGGAAAGCCGCAGGCGAUUGGGACGACAGCGGUUUGGGGAUCUCCCAGGAAGAGUUCCUCAGCUCUGGCGCCCCAAAAGCGGCCCAGGCCGUGCCGCCUGCCUCCCAACCCGGAGCAGGGCCCGAUUCCAAGCCGGCGACGCUAAAUACACAGUCGACCGACACGUCGUCCGAGCAAACCCACGUGUCUGUGCCCGUGAAUUUGGCCAUGCACUCCCCUGUUCCCGUGCCCCUGCCGCAGAGGUCGCUCGAGAAGUUGCGUGCCAAGCGUGAAGCCAUUGAGAAGCGACGCCUCGACAGCAAUAUUGAUUCGGCCGAUGACGAAGACGACGAGCUAGGCCUGGGUCUCAUCAGUACGAUAACCAACGCCAGCAGCGGCAGCUCAAGUAGCGGCGGUAGUGGUCGUCAGGGCCCCCAACCGCCUUCCCAAUUGUCAAGCCAGCAGCCACCGACGGGCGCUGCGCGCCAGCAUUUCCGCACCAAGUCGAUGCUUCCGUCAUCGAAGCUCGGCAUUGAGAUGAUGCGCGCCAAUAGCCACGAUAGCGUGGUACUGUAUGCCGGAUCGGAGAGUGCCGUGACAAGUGCUAGCACGAGCACGGCAGGCCCGACCACCCAGGUAGCCACGCCUGCCGACACAGAUACAGAAGGGGCUGGUCCUGCGGGUGGAGAAUUGUCAGUCCUUCGUACACCCGUGGCACAAGAGACGCACGCAACACAAGAGGCACAGGAGGUACAAGAGGAGGACGAGUACGAUGAAAUGGCUGAUACGACCGUGAUUCACACCUCCCCUGAUGAGUUGACUGCGGCCUCACCUGGCAAGGACAGGGACGCUGCCCAGUCUGCGGACGCAACCGUUGCCGAGACCAAGGCUGCUGCUAGUGCCAGGGCAGAUUCACCAAAUGACUCGGAGAAUUUUAUCUGA